AUGAAUAUACCAAAACCUGAUGUAAAUAGUGCAGUACAAGGUGUUACAAAUACUGCAAAUAAUAUUAGUAAUAAUGUAGAUAGCACAGUUACCAACUUGGGUAAUUCUAAUGCAAAUGAUGCUCAGCAAGUUGUAAAGGAUACAAGUGAUUUUGCAAAUACCAUUAUUACUAUGAUUAAAGACUUUAUAACAAG